CAAAGUGGGGAGAGCAGCAGAGAGCACGGAGAGGAGGGCCAUGGUGUCGACGAGGCCACGGAGGAGCGCGACGGCCACGAGUGCCGGCACGCCAAAGAGCUCGCCCCGGUCCGCAAACGGCACGCCGCGAUCGACGGGCCGAGCGACACCGACCAAGGCGAAGACCAAGGCGGCGCCGACGCCGACGCGCUCGGAGCGCAAGAGGCGCGCGUCGCCGGCGAUCAUAUACAAGGACGACCUGGAAUCGGAGGAGGAGGAGACGCCAUCGGUGGACGAGGACGAUAGCGAGGACGAAUACAGGGACGAGGAGGGCGGCAAGGGGGGCGACGAGGAGGAAGAGGACGACGAAGAGGACGAGGAGGAAGAGGAGGACGAGGACGAGGAAGCUGAGGACGACAACGAAGAGCAAAAGACCAAGUCAAAGGCAAAACCACAAAAGAGGCGGAAGACGGACGAUGAUGGGAUGACAGAAGUCAUUGAAGUCGUCUCUGCGCCCAGGGAAAAGUUGCCCAAGGGCAGGGUGUCGACGCAUCUCGUGGGGUUUUUGAAGAACCUGCAGGAUCCUGCCAAGAAUGACCGGGACUGGUUCGCGAGGCACAAGAAUAUCUACGAUUACAUUCACGCCAAUUGGCUCCAGUUCGUCGAAGCGGCAAACGAAGAGUUUAUGGAGCAUGUCGAUGAUACGAUCCCGUGGCUUCCACCCAAGGACCUAAUUGAAAGGAUUUAUCGCGACGUCCGCUUUUCAAAUGACAAGACGCCAUACAAGACACAUCUCUCCAUGUGCCUCUCUCGCAAUGGUCGGAAAGGCAACUUUGCAAAAUACUACCUCUCCGUGUCACCGGGGAAGUCGAGCCUGAACGCUGGCUUCUAUGAGCCCUCAAAGGAGGAGCUUCAGACGAUCCGCAAUCACAUCUUGACCAACUCGGCACAUGGCUUGGCGCUCCGCGGGCUUGUGGAAGACAAGCAAUUCUGCAAGUACUUUGGCAGCCCACCGAAAAAGGGCGCAAAGCCCGGGGGCACAAGAGCGUCACUCUGGAACUCGUUUGAUGAGCUCAAAAAGGCACCGAAGGGCUACCCCUCGGACCACGACGAUAUCGCGUGGUUGCGCUUGAAACACUUCACUGUGUCGCACAAAUUCAAAGAUGAAGAUGUGGUGAGCGAAGACUUCAUGUCAAAGCUCUUGGACGUCGCAAGAGCUGCCAAGCCGCUCGUAGACUUAAUGAACGAAAUAUUCCACGGCGCUGACCCUGAACCAAAUACUGAGGUUGAAUAGUUGUGAAUCAUUGCGUUUUCGGAAUCGCAAUCUGCCGUCAGGCCGAUGUGCAAGGAGGC